AUGGUAUUGCUCACUUUAAUUGCACGUCUUAAAGAUGGACUUAUUUUGGCAACUUCAAUUGAAGGAGCUGAUGAUAGGGAUAACUCAUUUGUAAAAUAUACUUCACAAGCUAAAUUGUUGUUUAGGAGACUAGGAUCUGAAAAUGGUCCAAAAGAAAGAUCUGUAAACAGUGAUCAAUAUGUAUUUCAUUACAUUAUAAGAGAAAAUAUUGCUACAUUAUGUCUUUGUGAGCAAACUUUUCCAAGAAAUUCUGCUUUUGCUUAUCUUGAAGAUGUUGCAAGUAAAUUUAUGGAACAAUAUGGCACAGCAAAAAUUGAUCAAGUUUUAAGACCAUAUCAUUUUGUUGAAUUUGAUACCUAUAUUCAACAAGCUAAACGUAAAUACAGUGACAAAAAUAGAUUUGCAAUGUCUGCUGUAAGUAAUGAGCUUCAAGAUGUACAAAGAAUAAUGUUUUCAAAUAUUGAAGAUAUGCUUCAUAGAAGUGAGGCAUUAAAUAUACUUGAAACGAGGGCAGAUGGUCUUUAUGAAAUGUCAAAAAAAUAUAGGGAUGAUGCUAAACUUUUAAAUCAAAAAAGUGCUAUAUUUAAAAUUUUUGUAGGAAUGGGAGUGGCAGGAAUUCUCUUUUUCAUACUUAAAUUCUUAAUUCUUUAA